CUCAGCUUCAACGAACAAGCUUAAAAAAACAUUCAAAAUGAAAUUCUUCAUCGUUGCUCUGGCCCUGAUUGCCGUGGUUGCAGCUCAAGAUGACAAGUACACCACCAAGUACGACAGUAUCGAUAUAGAUGAGAUCCUGAAGUCGGAUCGUUUGUUCAAGAACUACUUCAACUGCCUGAUGGACACUGGAGCUUGCACGCCAGAAGGUAACGAACUGAAGCGCGUCCUGCCCGAUGCCUUGGAGAACAACUGCUCCAAAUGUAGCGAAAAGCAGCAAACAUCCAGCACAAAGAUCAUCAAAUUCCUGACGGAGAACAAGCCAGAGGCAUGGACCAUGCUGAAGGCCAAGUACGACCCCGAUAACAAAUACGUCGCGAAGUACGUCGCCGAUGCUGACAAGGAAGGAAUCAAGCUGUAAACUCAUCUAUCUGGUCCAAAAUGGUGGUUCAAUUGACAAAACGCAAUGACCUCUACAAACUGAAUCCGUUUUCGUUACUAACUGUCGCUUAUGUUGAUUGCAAAUUGAUGAAAUAAAUAUUUCAAGAACGCUA